AUGAUAGAAGAAGAAGAUGGAGUGAUCUGCACUGGAGAGGAGAAACUGGAGACUCUUCCUACAUCUGUGUUUGAAAUGGAUAUGACUGGCCACAGCUACAGCAUCUACAAUGCAGUCUAUGUGGUAGCACACGUUUUGCAUGCCAUGCUGUCAUCUGCAUUCACAUUCAGAGCAGAAAACCAUGAAGCCAAACUCAACAUAAUGGAAAAACAAUUCUGGAAGGCCCAGCCACUUUCUCUGUGUAAUGACAAGUGUCAUUCAGGAUAUAGUAAGAGCAAAAUAGAAGGGAAGCCAUUUUGUUGCUACAAUUGCCUUCAAUGUCCAGAUGGGAAAAUUGCUAACCAGGAGGACAUGGAUGAUUGUGUUCAGUGUCCAGAAGAUAAGUACCCAAACAAGAAUCAAGAUUCCUGUCUCCCCAAAGUUAUCACAUUUCUGACCUAUGAAGAAAAACUAGGGACCAUUUUGGCUAGUUCCACUGUUUUCUGUUCUUUCAUCACAGUGGUAGUUCUUUGGAUCUUUGUCAAGAAUAAGGACACUCCUCUGGUUAAAGCCAACAACCAGGGUCUCACCUAUGCUCUCCUCAUUGCUCUCCUCUUGUGUUUUCUUUGUGCUUUGUUAUUCAUUGGCCAGCCUUCCAAGGUGACAUGUGUCUUUCGUCAAACUGCAUUUGGCAUCAUCUUCUCAGUUGCCAUCUCAUGUGUUCUGGCUAAGACCAUCAUUGUGGUUGUAGCUUUCAUGGCCACCAAGCCAGGCUCCAAGGUGACCAAAUGGGUGGGCAAAAGACUAGCCAUGUCCAUAGUACUUUGCUGCUCACUUAUUCAAGUUAUGAUUUGUACUACAUGGCUGGCAAGCUCUCCCCCAUUCCCAGCUGAUGACAGAAAUUCAAUAACAGAAGAAAUAAUUCUGGAAUGUAAUGAAGGAUCAGUCUUCAUGUUCUACUGUGUCUUGGGCUAUAUGGGCUUCCUUGCCAUUUUCAGUUUCAUAGUGGCUUUCCUAGCGAGAAAAUUGCCUAAUGCUUUCAAUGAAGCCAAGCAUAUCACCUUCAGCAUGUUGAUCUUUUGCUGUGUCUGGGUGUCCUUUGUUCCAACUUAUCUGAGCACAAAAGGGAAAUACAUGGUUGCUGUGGAGAUCUUCUCCAUUAUAACCUCCAGUGCUGCAUUGUUGAUUUGUAUUUUUUCCCCUAAAUGCUUUAUCAUUAUUUUCAGACCUGACCUGAACAAGAAAAAGCAGCUAACAAGGAGAAAACAAUAG